AUGUUGAAUCAAACGAAAUCGUUAGGAAAAUAUUUUAAGUCAUUUGAAUCAGUAGUUCUUUUGACCAUUUGGUAUAAGACACUGCAAAAUAUUGAUAAUGUUAGUCGAUGUCUCCAGUCGGAGUCAAUCGCCAUCGAAGAAGAAGUCAUCCUCAUUCAACUACUUCUAGAUGACCUAGGUCGCAUUCGUUCGUCGUGGAAUUGUAUUUUGACUGAAGCAAAGCUAGUGGCUGGAAACCUAGGCUUUGAAACAGAAUUUAGAGUAAAACGCACAAGAGGAGUGAAAAAAUUCUACGAGGAACCAUCAAAUACAGCCCACUACCACGACAAUACAGAAAAGAAUUUUGAAGUAAAUAUUUUCAACGUGGCAUUGGACCACAUAAUUCUACAAAUUCAGUCAAGGUUCAAUGUGGUAAAAAAGGUUUCUUCUCAGUUUUCCUUUAUCUGGCUUCAGUUUGAAGACCCUUCUUCACAAGAUGACAAAGCUCGUCAACUUGCGAAAUUCUAUUCAAAUGACGUUAAAGAAGACGAUCUUAUUGAGGAAAUUUGCCACUUUGACCGGUUGAAAGCAUCGUCCUUGUUCAGUAAAAGCAACUCUCUCAAUCUUUUAAAUCAAAUAUAUUCCAAAGGCUUACAACCAAUUUUCUCGUCGAUAUGCAUACUUUUGUGCAUCUUCCACACAAUGCCAGUAUCCGUUGCAGAGGGUGAAAGAUCUUUUAGUAAACUAAAGAUUAUAAAAAACCACUUCAGAGCCACCAUGAGACAAGAGCGAUUUUCAAAUCUUAUGGCGUUGUCUAUUGAAAAUGAUCUCGCGAAAUCAUUGUCAUAUGAUGAAUUAAUUUCUAAUUUUGCCUCGAAAAAAGCUCGAAAAUUUUAUUUAAAUUAG